CCCUCCCUGUGUGUUCUGCUGUGUUCCAGGCAGCUCAGGGGGAAUCUGUGAAAAAAGCAAGCUGUACUCUGAUGGGAAGAGGAAGUCUCUCAACACCGGUAUAAUCACUGUUCAGAACUACGCAUCCCACGUACCUCCAAAAGUCUCUCAUAUCACCUUCGCACAUGAAGUGGGACACAACUUUGGCUCCCCUCAUGACUCAGGAUCCGAGUGCACCCCGGGGGAAUCCAAAAGCCAAGACAAGAAGGAGAAGGGCAAUUAUAUCAUGUAUGCGAGGGCCACGUCGGGAGACAAGUACAACAAUAAUAAGUUCUCCAUCUGCAGCAUUCGCAACAUCAGCCAGGUUCUGGAGAAGAAGAGAGGGAACUGUUUUGUUGGUGGGUAGCGCAGUUUUUUAGCAU